UCCUAACAGGAGGAGACUCACUCAUGGCCUACGAGACAGAGGAUCAGGAGACUCAAUACUGCUUUCCUGACAUCAACUCAUCAUGUGUCAAGGGGAGAAGCGCAAGUCAUGGAUAUAUCAUCAUCUAUGUGUUUGUGUCAUUGUUGUCAGCAUGGACUGUGUUUCUGAACCUGCUGGUGAUCAUCUCCAUCUCUCACUUCAAGAAGCUUCACACUCCAACCAACAUGAUUAUUCUCUCUCUGGCUGUAAAUGAUCUGUUUAUUGGACUCGUCAUGCCUGUAGAGGCCAUCAGACUGACUGAGACAUGUUGGUAUUUUGGAGACAUUUUCUGUGCACUAUAUAUAUUGUUUAUUUCAUUUCUGGUCUCAGCAUCUCUUAGUAAUUUAGUUUUAAUUUCUGUUGAUCGUUAUGUGGCUGUGUGUCACCCUUUACAGUACCCACUGAAAAUAACCAUCACUAAAACACUUAUGAGUAUCUGUCUGAACUGGGUUUGCUUCUCAGCUUAUAUCAUUGCCUUUGUCAUUAAUAAUGGAUAUUUUGACUCUUUACACAGAACAGAUGUGUGUUAUGGACAGUGUUUAGUCAUGAUGAGUUUUAGUUGGAUAGUCACUGAUCUUUUUGUGUCUUUUAUUUUUCCCUGUGUCCUGAUCAUCAGUUUAUAUUUGAGGAUUUUCUAUGUCGUUCAUCAGCAAGUGAAGGUUAUAAACUCUCUGAUGAAGGGUGGUAAACGUGUAAUGAAGAGUUCGGUAAAGAGGAAAUCUGAGAGUAAAGCUGCUCUGACUUUAGGGAUCAUUGUGUCAGUUUAUAUGCUUUGCUGGAUUCCAUACUGCAUCUGUUCUCUAACUGUAAUCUCCUCCACAACCAUAAAUGUUUUGUUAUUACUUGUAUAUGCUAACUCAGGUCUGAAUCCUCUGGUUUAUGCUUUAUUUUACCCCUGGUUUAAAAAGACAGCUAAACUCAUUUUAACUCUGAAAAUAUUCACUUUGCGUCCUCUCUGAAAAAUGUUUUUUACACAACAUUAGUUAUAAUAACCAGUAAAGCUUUAACUAUUAAAGGUAGGUAAUGUAUUUUAAUUUUUUAUUUCUAUUUGUAUUUUUCAGUAUGCUGCCUGAAACUCAUUCAUACAUAUAUAUUGCUGGUAAUACAAAGUGAAGUUGUAACUUCACUAACCAGUCAAGUGAUUGCAUGUCAAAUUUGCUGAACAUUUAUAUGAAUUAGGUGUUGUAUAGGAAAUUAUAUGACCCACCUUGCUUUGUGCUUAAUGUUUCUGUCUUUACAGUAAUAUUCAUAAUAUCUCUAUCUGCCACAAAAUCCAUGUGUUUGCAAGUGCACUGAUUAUUGAUAUACAAACUCUGCAAACAUACUGUAAAUCUCUUGACUGAUAGAUUCAUGCAUAUUUUCCCUGUUUUCUGAUCAUCACUUUAUAUUUGAAGAUUUUCGAUCACACUUUAUAAUAAGGUUCAUUAGUUAAUGUUAAUUAAUGCAUUUACUAACAUGAACUAACAACGAACAAUA